AAUAAAAAACCUAGUAGUAGUAACAAGGAUCCAGUUAUAAUUGAUUUAUUCUAAAGAGACUUGAAUCUAAAUGGUUGUACUUAUUGUUAUUAGUAUAGACAAAGGGCCAAAAGUUUGAUUGAUUUCAUCGGUCAACUAAAUCCAAACUCCACAUUUCGCCAAAAUCAGAACAGAGACCAAAUGGCUGAGCAGCUAACCGAGGAGCAGAUCGCCGAGUUCAAGGAAGCUUUUUGCCUCUUUGACAAAGAUGGCGAUGGUUGCAUCACUACCAAAGAGUUGGGGACUGUGAUGAGAUCUCUGGGACAAAAUCCCACUGAGGCUGAAUUGCAGGACAUGAUCAACGAAGUUGAUGCUGACCAGAAUGGCACAAUUGAUUUCUCUGAGUUUCUGAAUUUGAUGGCAAGGAAGAUGAAGGAUACUGAUUCUGAGGAGGAACUCAGAGAAGCUUUCAAGGUCUUUGAUAAGGACCAGAAUGGCUUUAUUUCUGCUGCUGAGCUUCGACAUGUAAUGGCAAAUCUUGGGGAGAAACUGACUGAUGAAGAAGUGGAUGAAAUGAUUCGUGAAGCAGAUGAAGAUGGCGAUGGGCAGGUGAACUAUGAGGAGUUUGUGAGAAUGAUGCUUAACAAGUGAAUGUAGCUUUUGGAUUCUAAACAGGGUAGGGGUAUUGAUUAAACAUGCGCGGUUUAUUAUAGAAUUAGUAAUUUGGACCAUUGUUGACAAGGUAGAAUUCUCUUUUAUGUUGUUGGGUAGAAUUUAGCUUUGCUGCUGAAUUAUAAAAUGUUGUGCUUAUCUAUGUGGAUUUCUCUUUUCUUUCGGGAAUUUCUUAAUAUUUCUUUCUUAUUCCCUCUCUGAA